AAGCAGCGGUAUUGGGUCAUAUUAAAAAUGUACUGUAGUGUUAAAUUAGGAACUGUUCUGUGACACAUUUAAUGAGCGUUUUGACUAUUUUAACAAGAAAUGCAGUGUGAACCCCUCAGACUGAAUGGACUCGUCCCUGUGAAGCAGUGUUGAGGAAGAGGAGGCAAAUUCAAAACACGAGAAAGACUCAAGUUAAUUUUACACUAAAACUACUCUCGUAUUUCCAUCAACUGACCCCAGACCCGUGGUCUAUUGAGUUGUAUGUUUGAUCAGUAUGGUCGGACAGCGGUGAAGCUUGUGCAAUGUCUCAAACUACACUUUUGGAGGAGGUUGUUCAGUGGAGUCCAGAGACAUGCAGACAAGAAGUCAAAGUGGUGCUGCCCAAACUAGUCGCCAUGCAUCACAACACUAAUAGCUGGGAGGAACACAUCAAUGUCUUGAGAAUUAUUGUAGACAUGUUCCUCCCUCAUUUACAUCUGGCAGAGCUGGAGGAAGAGUGUUUCUCCAAAGUCCUACCUAAAGUGGUGGUAAUAUUCACUGGGUUUUUGGAAGAGAUCUCCAAGCAAAUUGGAGGCCUGUCUAGCCAAAACACAGAGUUGCAAGCAUUCCUCAGGAACAUAUUGCAGAUGAUGGUUCAGACCCUGGAAGCUCUGUCAGGAUGUGUGCGUCAUGUGUGCUCUUUUGAGGAAGCUGUCUCCCUGAACUCCAUUCGUACUCUGCCCUCCUGUGUUCUCCAGCUCCUGAAGGACACCUUUCAGCAUUGCAAGGAGAGUGAGUUAAUGUACAGUGGAAGGCUGUCACUUGUGGGAGAUCUGCUGCAGGGUCUGUUUAAAGAAGCCUAUUCACUACAGAAAAGCCUGAUGGAGCUGCUGGAUAAGAUUAGCCUAGAGAACAGUGCCUCCAGAGAGGGAAUAUCUGAUAUAGUGGCAGUGAUCCACAGUCUGCUGGACAUAUGCUCAGUCAUAUCCUCCUUGGACAUGGCACUGCAUGCCAACACAUGGAAGUUCAUUAUAAAACAGAGCAUGAAGUAUCAGUCCAUGGUAGAGGAGCACCUGCGGCACACUGACAUUGCAUCCUCUUUGUGUGAGGGCCUGCUGGCAUCUGUGUGCAGCUCACUGGAGCUUGCAGAGCAGGUGCAGCGUGCAGGACUGCAGGAGGCAGUGCAGUGUGCUGAAUUUAAACUUUUCCAGAAGACCACAAAGAUGUGCAGGUUUUUUGCCAACACUUUAGUUCACUAUAUAAAGGAAUUUAAACCAUUUCUGUCCAAAUCCUGCAGUCGUUUUCACCAAAUGUACCUUCACAUUCUCAGUAAAUUUCCACCAAGUGUCAGUGCCUCCUCUGUGCCCCAGGGUAUGGGUGAAGAACUCAGUGCGGCCGUGUUGGUUCCCAUGGAUGCUGUGCUGACCCAGCUUCUACCUCUGAGACCUUUUGCUGAGUGUGUCCUGGCCCCAGCUCAGAAGUGCAGUACAGAGCUGGCUCUUCCUCAGUGUUUGCUUCUGGUGGAUGUAUUGGGGAAGCUUUCCUCUGAGCCGGAGGAAUCACUGCACCUCUGGUGUGAUGGCAGCCAGUUCUCUGAAGAAGUACCCAGGCUGUCUGUUUUUGAGGCUAUGUUUUUGAGUUUUUGCCGCUGUCGAGUAGAGCGGGCCUUGCCGGUGCGUCUGCCGGGGGUGAUGCUGCAUGGUCAGGCUCAAGGCAAGGUCAGCCUGCACCAGCAUGUUUGUGUGCAUCUCUGUGGCUUUGUGGCAUCACUUCCUGCUCAACACUUUCCUCUGCUGGAACGCUCCCUGUUCGGCGCUGUGCUCCAGUCGGACAUCCAGACAACUCUCUUAGCCACAGACGUCUGGUGCUUCCUGGCACGGUAUGGCACAGCUGAGUUGUGUUUACACCACGUUCUCCUCACGGCUCACCUGAUAAAGUCAUGUCCAAUUGAGGGUUUUCGACUGGCCCACCUAGGCCUUCUGCUGAGACGCCUGCUCUUCCUCAUGACUCCAAACCACCAGAUGGAGUUUGUUGAACGCUUCUCUCCAUCUGAGGAGGACAACCUGUGUGUGUGGCGUUUGGCUCUACUCAGGAGUCUUUGCUCUGAGGUGCGUUUACGUGUGGAGAGAGAGGUGCUAAACACAGUGCAGUCAGCACUGCACUCCUGGCAGGCCACAGGCUACAGACUGGGGAAAGUGCACACACUGAAUAAGACACUGGGCUGCAUGCUGGUGGUGGUCCGAGGGGAGCCCCUGCAGGCUGAAUAUUUAGGUUCUUCAAUGAAAAUUAUUCACCAGCUGUGGGGACGGAUGUGUGCUCUUCAGGUGCAGGCCCAUACCUCUCUUCAGAAUACCUUAAGUGUGCUUCUGUCCAUUUCAGCGAUCUUGAUUAAAAAUCUAGAACCACAUGCCAUAAUUCAGGCAUUUUCCUGCCUGAGUGUCCUAGAAUUACAGGAGUGCCCUGAUUACUUGGUCUUGGCUGCUUUGGAGUUUCUGGCCUCCAUGGGGAAAGUGUUUGUUCCCUCAGAUAUUCAGUCUCAGGUGCUGCCUAGACUCAGUUCCCUGUUCAGCACUCUACUGGCUUGUAAUUCCUGGUUGAUUCGUCAGCACGCCCUGAAGGCCUUCGCCAUUUUUGCUGAGGUCACAAAUCAUGAGGAGGUCAUCUCUCAAAGUCUGACAUCAGAAGAGACAAAGAACCAAGUAGUAAAUUUUCUCAGUAAGGCCGUCACAGCACAGGAGGCUGAAGGGGUCUGUGUGGAAAGGCUGAGGGCAGAAGCAAGUGUGAUGGAAAGGCAUAUUGAGAGUUUGGAGAUUGAAGAAAAAACACCUGUAGAUGUAUCUGUUGAUGAAGAGCCAUGUGCAAAGCGGCCACGCCAAGAGACCAGCAGGGAGGAGGAGUAUGACCGUUACCUGCAGACAGCAGAAAGUGCCCUUAAAGCACUGCUGGCAGUAGAAACACCCAACACAACCUCACCCUGGCCACAGUGGGUAACAAACAGGCUCCAGGCCCUGCAGACACUCAUCAGCAGCCACAUCAGCACUCCUUCAACUGACAAAACCUGAUGCACAUCUUUCAACACAAUACAAAACCAGCUUUAUGUUUUUUGAAAAUGUCCCUUAAGUUUAUAAGAGAAACAUUUUCUCAUUUUUAUUACUCCCAUGUCAUUUUUUUGAUGAUGCUCAGUCUUUGGUUAAUGCAAAUUUUAGAUGAUUCAGGUUCUAUUGAUGGACUUGUAAACAACUUUUAUUGGAUCCUACGGAUUGUUAUUUAGAGUAUGUCAUUACACCAAUGCAAAUUGGAUGUCCAUCUGUAAUAGUACAGUCUUGUUUAUAAUAGCUUAUUUAAAGGAAUCGCUCCUGCGUGUGAUUGAUAUCUUUGUGAUUAAGAUUUAAAGUGAUCUUGAGCUUGGAAUAUGUUAUAUAAAUAAAAUUCAUUAUUAUUACUGUUGA